CUUCAAGGAGAGAUAAGGACGAGCCUUCAAAACUAUAAAAAAAUAAGAAAGGGCAAAACUUGUGCUCUGAAGUUUUAAUCCGCCGAGCUCGCUGAAGAGACGAUCCUCAGUGUUGUCAAUCCUUAAGGAGGCGUGUGCAAUGUUUCUGGGUUUUCCUUAAGAGUGAAUUUCUUGGUCGUUUGAAAUGGGCAGAUGACGAAAAGAGCAGAGAAACUCGGCAGUGCAAAUCAAAGCAGAAGUACUAUGAACACUGAAGCUACAGAAACCAAUAAAGCCCAGACCGAGCCAAAAAAGCCUUCAGAAGUUGUUAACAACUCCAGCAAAGGAGAAGUCAUGGAACAAAACCAAGGAGCACACAAUGCGCAUAUCGGAGGAGAAGUGAAUAUGGAAGCUGCGAUAACAGCUGAUGAUGUUAUGCGCGCUGGAGGCUUCGGAGCUAGAGAUGAUAUCGGCAGCUUUCUUCCAGCUGCAAUCGAUUCUACUGAUUUUGAGGCUUCACUUCGCGAUGCACGUGAUUUCGAAGAGCCACAGGGGGAAACAUUGAGGCCAGGGCUUGGUUGGACUGAAUCCAUGGAUGACAACUAAAUUUGCUACAUGCUAAGUAUUGUAACGGAUUACUUGUUUAUUUUUCCUAACAUUGUGAAGCUCUGAACUUUGAGUAUAUGAGACUAGGCUAACUUACAUGAGACUUGCCCCGAAAUUAAUUAUUCUGGUAUUUCCCUGGACCUGCUUAUUUUGGUA